AUGUUAUUUAAAAAUGUAUAUUUUUUCCAAGCUGGCAUUGGAACCUUAGCCAAUGCCUUCUUCCUUGUCUUCCACAUCUUCACAGGCCACCAGGUUCAUAGGCCAAAGCCCAUUGAUACAGUAACCUGUCACUUGGCUUCUGUUCACAUUGUAAUGCUACUUACUACACUGCUCAUUUUAUCUGAAGACAUGUUCCAAUUGUUGAACUUUUCAAAUGAAUUGAAAUGUAAGCCUUUGUUCUACAUGAAUAGAGUGACAAGGAAUCUCUCCAUAUCCAAUACCUGCCUUUUGAGCAUCAUUCAGGUCAUCACCAUCAGUCCCAGCUCCUUCUGCUGGCCAAGAUUUAAACAGAAACUCACACAUUAUAUUGUCAUUGCUUUCUUCUGUUUUUGGUCCCUCAACCUGUCUUCCAAUAGCCACAUGAUCAUCUAUACUGUAGCUCAUUCCAACAGGACCAAUCUACUCAAUGUCAGUAAAAACUGCUCACUUUCCAAGAUGAACUCCAUCAUCAUGGUGCUAUUUCUCUCACUUUCUUUGUUCCAGAACAUCUUCUUUGUAGGAAUCAUGCUGCUCUCCAGCAUGUACAUGGUGAUUAUUUUCUUAUGUAGCCAUCACAGGAAGUCUGAAUACCUUCACAGCAUGAGAAUUUCCCCAAGAAUUUCCCCAGCAAAACGGGCCACCUGUACUGUCUUAGUGCUUGUGAGUUUCUUUGUGAUUAUGUACUGUGUGGAUAUCAUCAUCUCUUCCUUCUCAGCUGUAUUGCAGAAAUAUGAACCAAUUGUCUUGGAUAUUCACAGGCUUGUUGGAAAUGUCUAUGCAGUUGUGAGUCCACUGGUGCUUAUCGGUUCUGAUAAAAGAAUAAUUGGUAUUCUGCAAAAGUUGAUAGAAAUGAUAAUAGUUUUGUCAAGUUGA